GGGCCCAACUACGAUUCCCAUCAGCCAUUUCGGCAGGAAGUGCAACCAGCCAUUGGCAACAACUUCAAACAGCCUUUCAAGCCUGUCAAACGUGCGUCUCCUGGCUGUGCUGCGUUCUCCUCUGGAAUCAUGCUGUCCUUCUCUCUCAGACAGUUGACAAGGCCACUGUGUGCCCCAGUUCAGCUCAGCGUACGUGGGCAGCACUCUCGGGCUGCCACCCAUACGGUUGAUGAAGACCGCCCAUGGACAGGCCAGGAAAGCCUGGCUCAGGACGACCCAGAGAUGUGGGACCUGCUGCAGAAGGAGAAGGAUAGACAGUGUCGUGGUUUGGAGCUCAUUGCAUCUGAGAAUUUCUGCAGCCGGGCAGCUCUGGAAGCUCUGGGUUCCUGUCUGAACAACAAAUAUUCUGAAGGCUACCCUGGGAAAAGGUACUAUGGCGGAGCACAGGUGGUCGACCAAAUUGAGCUUCUUUGUCAGAAACGAGCCUUGGAGGCCUUUGACCUGGACCCAGCUCUGUGGGGCGCCAACGUCCAGCCGUACUCGGGCUCACCUGCUAACUUCGCUGCCUACACAGCCGUGCUGAACCCCCACGACCGCAUCAUGGGCCUGGACCUGCCCGAUGGAGGACAUCUGACCCAUGGUUACAUGUCCGAUGUGAAGAGGAUCUCAGCUACCUCAAUAUAUUUUGAGUCCAUGCCCUACAAGCUAAACACUGCAACAGGACUCAUAGACUAUGACCAGAUGGAGAUGACGGCCAAGCUGUUCCGGCCCAGGCUCAUCAUCGCUGGCACCAGCGCCUAUGCCCGCCUCAUUGACUACGCCCGCAUCAAGAAGCUGUGCACUGACAUUAAAGCCUACAUGCUCGCUGACAUGGCCCACAUCAGUGGCCUGGUGGCAGCCAAAGCCAUCCCCUCUCCCUUUGAAUACGCUGACCUUGUCACAAGUACCACACACAAAUCCCUCCGAGGAGCCAGGGCUGGUCUCAUCUUCUAUCGUAAGGGCGUUCGCUCCGUGGACAAGAAGGGGAAGGAGAUCAUGUACGACCUCGAGGACAAGGUCAAUUUCUCGGUUUUCCCCUCGCUGCAGGGUGGACCUCAUAACCAUGCCAUUGCUGGUGUGGCUGUGGCACUGAGACAGACGCAGUCUCCUAUGUUUAAGGACUACAUUGGCCAAGUGAUGAAGAACGCCAAAGCUAUGGCUGCUGCUCUCCUUAGCAAAGGCUACACCCUGGUAUCAGGUGGGACGGACAACCAUCUGGUCCUGGUGGACCUGCGGCCUAAGGGCAUCGACGGGGCGCGGGCUGAAAGGGUGCUGGAGCUGGCGUCAAUCACUGCCAAUAAGAACACCUGCCCCGGGGACAAGAGCGCCCUGACUCCCGGUGGCCUGAGGCUAGGUGCUCCAGCCCUGACCUCCAGACAGUUCAAAGAAAAUGACUUUGUGCAAGUUGUCGAGUUCAUGGAUGAGGGGUUCAAGAUUGCCUUGGAUGUCAAGAACAAGACGGGAAAGCUCCAAGAUUUCAAGGAUUUCCUCCUUCAGGACCCAGAAACUGUGGCUCGCAUCGCUGACCUGCGCCACCGUGUUGAAGCUUUUGCCCGACCCUUUCCCAUGCCAGGCUUCAGCGACCAUUAGGCUGUAACAACCAUGUGCCAGGAAGUAUGAGGGUUGAAGUAUUCAACGGGAGCGGGGAGGAAUCUCGUGGUACUGAAAUGUGAUUUGUGCCUGUGAAUCAGGACAGUGGAGUUACCUUGUUUCCAGCCAGAUCUGGAAAACCACAUUUUGUACUUUAAAGUCAUCCAUCAAUCUAUUGUAAAAACAACCUCUGAGAUGGAGGCAAAGAAUCUUUGAAAUAUGACAGAAAUUUUGUAAAGCUAGAGAAACUAUUUUUAAUUGUGUAAAGAUCUUGUCGUAAACAUCUUGUGUGAUGGCGCAGGAGGAAAAAAUUACUUGUCCAAUCCAACAACAACCAAUAGUUGUUAGUCAAAGACUAGUAUAUAGUAUGGCUAAUAAGGUGCCCUGUAAAGUCUAACUGCUGUCAUAAGUCUUAAUUAAAGCCACUAAUGGAUUAAUAUAUUAACAUGAAGAUUGGUGCAUGACAGUUUUGUUUGUGUAGUCAUGAGAACAAAGAACCUUCAGGAGGUAAUGGGGGGGGUUCUGCCAAACACUUUGUCAGAAUAUAUCUGCAAAGUUAGCAGCAGUUUACAGUAGCAGCAUUCCAGAUCAAAGUGAUUAUACAGACAAUGGACUACAUCAGUCUGAAGAGCAACACUACAACUUUACUUGGGGUGAAAACAAAACCCUGAUUUUAUAGACCAAUUCAGUGUGACUGUGUAUUUGAAUGAGAUACUCUGUUGAACUCUUGAGGCAAAAUCUGAGGGUUAUAUUUUCUUGUGAUGCUGCUUUUUCCAUGUUUACCCCUUCUAUCAAACCAUAGGCGUACUGGAAAAAUAUUGAUUUACAAUCAAGUUUCUAAAGAGCAAUAAAUAACAAAGUAGCCUUAUAUCAGAAAUAUUGUUCAGAAUUGAAAAAAGUAACUACUUGCAUUAAAUAUUUAAUAUGCAGCAGCCAUCACACUGCUUAUUACUCAAAGUUUGUAUUACCAGCUCAAUUAUUAAAUAGAAGAUUAUUGGUGUUUUUAUGUCAGCACAUAAUUCAAUGAUCCAAACUGUGAAGGAGUUUGAUCUGACUAAACGCUAUUUUGCUGCCUGCCUGCUUCACAGAUUGACGUCGUUGUCAUUAUCACGAUGACUGUGAGGAUGCGAGAUCUGUUUGUGUAAUGGUGUGGUUGCAAAACACUGCUUCUAAAAUGAACCAAAUCAAAUGAAUUCUACACAUCACAAAUCUUUCAGCCUGUAGACUUUGCCAAGAUGGAACCAUUACCAUUAACUUUGUUACUACAGUGUUAACGGAUCUACUGUCGAUCAUGAGAUAUGCUGCCUGCCAUCAUUUGUACAGACUGAAGUAACUUUUCUUUACAGAACAUUUUUAUUAGCAGGUCCCAAUAAAAUUCAGUAUUGCAAACCUA